AUGGAAAACGUCGAGGUGCAGCGCGACCAGGAAGCGCAGCAGAUCCGGUCAGCAUGGAAGCGCGAGCUGUUCCUCUUGUUCGAGGAUCCGUCGUCGAGCCCGUCGGCAUUUGUGAUCAAUGUGUUUGUGACGUUUAUGAUUAUCCUGAGCGCGGUGCUGACGACGAUUGAGACGAUUCCCUCGCUGCGCAAGGGCAACUCGCAAAUGUGGUUUGGCUUCGAAACCGGCAUCGUGGCAGUCUUUACGCUCGAGUUUAUUCUGCGAUUCCUGGGCCACACCGAUACCUGGCAACAGGCGUGGAACUACGGAAAGUCGGCCAUCACUAUUAUCGACGCGCUGGCUAUUUUCCCGUACUAUGUCGAGCUGAUUCUGCACCGCGAUACAUCCUACGAAUUCCGGUUCACGAUCCUCCGAAUUUUCCGCCUGUUGCGCGUGUUCAGUGCCUUCAAAUACUCGUCGCUGCUGCAGCUGUCAAUUGAGGUCAUGAUUGUCGCGGUCAAACGCAGCUCAGACGCUCUCUUGGCGUUCCUGCUCUUUGUCGCUCUCACUGUCACCCUGUUCUCGACGCUGAUGUACUUUGCGGAGCGCGGCACAUGGGAUGAGGAGCGUCAGGCGUUCUUGACUGCGAAUGGCGAGUAUAGCACGUUCUCGUCGAUUCCAGCCGCAGCCUAUUACUCGAUCGUAACACUGACUACCACAGGCUUUGGCGAUAUGGUGCCGACAACGUUCGUUGGCAAGCUGAUAUCGUUCCCAAUGAUGAUUGCGGGCAUCCUGCUAAUCGCACUACCGUCCAUCAUCGUCGGCCGUAAUUUCACGCAGGUGUGGGAG